AGAGCGUCCGAAAGGAAAGGAAGAUGGAGGAGAACACUGGUAGAGACGUCGACACCGGCAGUGAAACAGGAGGCGAGGAUGCCCUGGUUGGAAAUGUCAAUAAGCUGAUGGUGAGUCCACCAGGUUACGCAGGAGCUCCAAGGAAAGGGCAUCUGGUGUUUGACGCUUGCUUUGAGAGUGGAAACCUCGGCCGUGUUGACUACAUCAGUGAGUUUGAGUUUGACCUCUUCAUUCGUCCUGACACCUGCAACCCUCGCUUCAGAGUCUGGUUCAACUUCACAGUGGAGAAUGUCCGUGAAACCCAGAGGGUCAUUUUCAAUGUGGUCAACUUCUCCAAGACCAAGAGUCUGUACAGAGAUGGCAUGUCUCCUGUUGUCAAGUCUACCAGCCGUCCAAAAUGGCAGAGGCUUCCCCCUAAAAACGUCUACUACUAUCGCUGCCCAGACCACCGCCGCAACUACGUCAUGUCCUUUGCCUUCUGCUUCGACCGGGAGGACGACGUCUAUCAGUUCGCCUACUGUUACCCUUACACCUACUCCAGACUGCAGCACUACUUGGCCAGUUUGGAGCGCAGGAACCUGCCCUACCUGCAGAGGGAGCAGCUGGGACUGAGCGUGCAACAGCGGCGUCUGGACCUGUUAACCAUCACCAAUUCUGACCACCUGAGCCUGGACAGGGACAAGAAGCUGGUCUUCCUCACAGCUCGUGUCCACCCUGGAGAGUCUCCAGCCUCCUUCAUCUGUCAAGGUGUGAUUGACUUCCUGGUGAGCCAACACCCUGUGGCACAGAUCCUCAGAGAUCAUGUGAUCUUUAAAAUCGUCCCUAUGCUGAAUCCUGAUGGCGUCUACCUGGGAAACUACAGGUGUUCUCUGAUGGGCUUUGACCUGAAUCGUCACUGGCAGGACCCUUCUCCGUGGGCCCACCCAACGCUGCAUGCUGUCAAACAACUCAUAGUGCAGAUGAACCAAGACCCGAGGGUCAGUUUGGAGUUCUACAUUGAUGUUCAUGCCCACUCCACCAUGCUGAACGGCUUCAUGUACGGUAAUGUGUUCGAGGACGAGGAGCGUGUCCAGAGACAGGCUGUCUUCCCCAGGCUGCUCUGCCAAAACGCACCAGACUUCUCCUUUUCCAACACAUCCUUUAACCGAGACGUGGUGAAAGCUGGUACUGGCAGACGUUUCCUUGGUGGGCUCCUCGACGACACGUCCUACUGCUACACUCUAGAGGUGUCCUUCUACAGCUACAUGACCGCCGGCAGCACCGCCCCUGUGCCCUACACUGAGGAGACAUACAUGAAACUGGGCAGAAAUGUGGCUCGGACCUUCCUUGAUUACUACAAACUUAACAAUCUUAUCAAAGACAACAGACCAGCUCACAUUCAAAGCUCUGAGGUGAUGUCUCAAACAGGAAAUGGAAAGGGUAAUGGUGUCGGUGACAGAGACAGGGAGAAAAGCCACAGUGUCAGGCACUAGACGGGUGGACGGACGGACAGAGGCACUGGACAAAUGGACGAAGGCACUAGACGGAUGGAUAGACACACACUGAGCAUGUAUAAAAGUCAGAGUACCGUGGCAGGAGGAUCCUUCACACUUCAUUGCCUUUAGAAUCUCCACAUCUCCUUGGCUAUAAAGACUUAUUUUCACAGAUUUGUAACAGUGGAAUGACUGGUACUUGCUGGAUUAAAUUCAGUGGACGUUUCCUCCUGGGUUUUUUAGUGACUAUAAAAUGUGUGCUGUUGAAUGCCAAGGGGAGACAGACUGGUAACCCAUGUAAAAUCCAUCUGAGGCCUUCAUUUAGCAGCUCCUUUUAUGUUUGUUGGAAACAAAAGCUGUAAAUAAAUGCAUGAUUCUCUGA